UCAUUACGUGAACGUUCGGAAGUUUCCAGGUAGUAAACUGGUGCUCACUUAAACGUGUUUAAAGUUCAGCAGAGAGUUCCUGGUUUCCGGACAUGGCUGUAGACUGGAUCGGGUUCAGCUACGCUGUUCUGGUGUCAGUGGGAGGAAUCAUCGGUUAUGUGAAAGCAGGCAGCUCCACCUCUCUGGCUGCAGGGCUCCUGUUCGGCCUGUUGGCUGCAGUUGGUGCUUAUCUGGCAUCUCAAAAUCCCAAGAAUGUCUGGCUUUCACUUGGCACCUCAGGAACUCUGGGUGUGGUGAUGGGACUGAGAUUUCUCAACUCCUGGAAGUUCAUGCCAGCUGGUUUAAUGACUUUAGCAAGUGGACUGAUGGUGGUGAAGAUCAUCACUGGAAUGCAAAAGAAACCACGUAAAUCUUGAAAAUAUCUCAAUAUGCCUUUUUUGUGUCUUAUUUUUGACUUAAAAAUAUAUAAUUUGUUCUCCCCAUACCGUGCAUUCAAAAACAUUCCCUUCAUGUGGCUUUCUAUUACAGUCUGGUUCUGUAUACAAAAAUAAUAAUAUAAAAACUUUUUUUGAGAAAAGCUACAAGAAAAAAAGUAAAACAUUUUAUACAGUUAGGUGAUGUUUUUAGUUUGUAACUGCUGCAGUAAAAUAAUAAA